AUGUUGCAGGAAAUUCGUCGAAUGGGUGGUAGGCAUGACUCGGAUUGGCAAGGGAACGGGGUUUGGAGAUCUCUUAGGGACGGCGAUUACGACGAGCAAGAUGUUUGGGAUGUGCUGCGACACAACAGCAAAACCAACUCCAUUCAGCAGCACUCUGCUCCACUCCCCUACAGAAACUUCCCCUCCGCCGCCAGAAUGAUCCCCAUUGGCGGCGGCGGCAGCAGCGACAACGAAGCGAAGCUGUUGGUACAGCAGUCGGCGCCGGUCAACAUCCCUGACUGGUCCAAGAUCCGCGGCAAAAAUCAGCCCAGUAAGAGCUCCAAGAAGCCAUGGAUGGGCUCCGAUGACGACGAUGGAGAGCGCGAGGACGAGGAGGGCGACGAAAUGGACGGUGGUGAUGACAGCCAUAUGGAGCCGCCGCACGAGAUGAUCUCGAGGAGGAUGGCGAGGACCCAGAUUUCGUCCUUCUCUGUGUUGGAAGGUGUCGGGAGGAAGCUGAAAGGGAGGGACCUUAGCAAAGUCAGGAACGCCAUUUUGACCAGAACAGGGUUUCUGGAAUCCCGCUGAGAUUGAGAAAUCAAUCAAUGAAUCUGGUCAUUCUUUACAAAUUGGGAGGAUUUUUUCUUCUUCUUCUCCAGGAUCUGCUGCGGCGUCUAAUUUAUGGAAACGUGUGAAGAAGAUUGUAGAUUUGGUGGGGGAUUUUAAAUUAGGUUUUAGGAAAUCUAGCCAGCUAGCUUGGUAGUUACUAGUUUGCUGUUUGUGGUCAGGAUUUCAUCGUCAGGAUUCAGGUGGUUUCUUCUGUCAUUAUUUCUGUUCAAGUUCCUCUGUUUCUUCUGUCAUGAUUUUGAAUGAACGAUUAUACGACCUCAGUUUUUAAUUAAGAUUGUUGGGAUUGUUCAAUUUGAGAUUGUUGUUUCUU